UCUGACAGUAGAGGGCGAAUGCGGGGUAUAGGUUGCUCAAUAACCAAGACAGGACUGAAGUUGUCAGCCCCUGCCCGUUCAAAGGUAGAGAAUUUGAUAAAAUAAAGAGAUAGCCUAGUGUAGGAGAUAUUUGAUAUAAAGAAAUCAUUGACCAAGAUGGAGGCCUGGAUGGAGAUGCAGCAACACGCACAAUCUACUCAAAACCUCUCAUCACCAACAAUUACUAAAUCUGCUCAGGCAUCAUCGCCGGAUGUUAUAUAUAUCGGUAAGAGAUGCGACUUGCUUGGUUGGGGAAAUCGUGAUGUAGUUGCUCGUGGUCAAGUACACGAAGUUAAUCCAAAUGCAGUUGUCCAUUGCGAACCGUUGGAGGAGGGAGCUUUUGUUAUUACCCUGAUUGAGAUUAUACAUCCUGACACUCCUUUGUGGAAAGAAGAUAGGUUCGCAUCUACACUUGGAGAGGUCGGUCCAAGAUCACUUGUGUAAUGGGGGAAGGAAUCUUUGAGAUUUCGAUAAUUUGAACAAAUUUGGUACUCUAUAAUUGAACUUGGUGUGGAUGCUUUUUUUAGUUACUUUAUAUGAUGUUUCACUUAAUUUUUUGGUUAAUUUUGAACUAAUUUAGCACUUUAGUAACUUUAUAUUGAUGAAC